UGCCAUUCAAUUGAAAUGUAACUGGUAAAAGUCAACCGUAUUAAGACGUUUUUGUGAAUCAAAUUGACCUCUGCUGAUUUGGGUCGUUAGUGUGACUAAUUCAUUGAAUUGUUGCCAAUUAGUUGUUAUUUGGUUAAUCAAAUAAGAUGUAAAAGCAACUUGAACAAGCAAAUAAAAUUGUACGAUGGAUUCAGAUGGAACCAGGAUAGCCAAGAUUUAGGCCUUCAUUUCAAUUAAAGGGUUUUCCUCUUCAGGUGAGAGUUCAUUUUAUAAUGGGUGAAUGAAUUUACUAAAUUAAAUUGCUAAGAAUUGAAUAGUUGAAAGACCGUUUAAGUAAUAAAAAUCAUUUAUCGUCAUAUUUUUUAGUUUUUCAAAAAAAGCGCGCUACAAAUCAGCUCAUUGAUUCACAGGAUUUCAAUUUUUUUCAUUUACUUUUGCAAUUUUUCAAUUGUUAUGGAGUUAAAUUGGUCAGAAUUAACACUUUUCAUCCGUUAAACAUUAAGGUUAAAGUUUAAAAUGUCCAAUGUUUCCUGAUCUUGUGAUAUUGUCAUAUCUCGCUUUUUUAUAUCAGUCUUUACUGGUUAUUUGCAUGGUUGUUUGUAGAUGGUAUGGUUUGUAAUUUGAACUGGUAUUCAGUUCAAUCAGUUAACAAUGUACAAUAUUUAAGGCUAACUUAACAGCUGAGCGAAUCAAAUAAUGAUAAUACCAAAGCUUGGUGAUUCCGAUCAGUAAAAUGGCCGAAUCUGUUGAGACCUUAUUACACUUUCCCUCUACUUUUUCAUUGCAUUUAUUGAAUGUAACAUAUGUAACAUAUGACAAGGUUGACUCAUUAGGGACUAGCUUAGCUACUGUUGAUCACUCUUAGCCUUUCAAAGAGUCUCUUUUUACACUUGAAAACAAUUUAGUUUUAUUUAUUAAUGUACUUUAUAAUUAUGUACCUUUUAAAGAGUUGAAACUUGGAACAAAAAAAUACUGAAAAGUGAAAAAUAUAGAAAAUAGCGUGAAAAUGUGUAUGAGUUGUGUUUUCAAGCCCAGUUUGCUUAUAUUGCAUCAUCCUUUUUUAACCCGGUAAAUUUGAUCAGUGAACUGAUUUUAAUUUUGUUGUUUUUAUUUUAAUUAUUUUUGUUAUUUAUGCAUCAUGAGAGAUAAAAUAAUUGCUCUUAUUGACAUGGAUUGUUUUUAUGUUCAAGUUGAACAAAGAGCUGAUCCACAAUACUGGGGAAAGCCUUGUGCUGUAGCUCAAUAUAAUCCAUGGAGAGGUGGAGGUAUAAUUGCUGUUGGAUAUGAGGCUCGUGCUUUCGGUGUUAAAAGAGGAUUUCGUGGUGAUGAUGCCAAAGCUGUUUGUCCUGAUAUACAUAUGUUUAUGGUUGAAGAAGAACGUGGUAAAGCUAACCUCAGUAAAUAUCGUAAUGCUUCUAUUGAGGUGAUGAAUGUUAUUUCAUCUUUUAGUCCACUUAUCACUGUUGAAAGAGCUUCUAUAGAUGAAGCAUUUCUUGAUUUAACACAAUAUGUUGACUCGAUUGCAUCUAAGCCGAACUGGGAUGAAAUUGAAGGUACUCGUAUCGCUGGUUUAGCAGACGCAGGAUUCCAAGGGAAGGAUUUAAAUGAAAUUGAAGCAGCCAAGCUGAAACACUUUUAUGAAGGAGCUACAUUAUUUAGUAACGAAGAAAGACUGUUGAUCGGUGCCUCAGCUGUAAAACAGAUUCGUGCUGCUAUUUUACAAGACACUCAAUUCAAAUGUUCCGCUGGAAUCAGUCAUAACAAAACUCUUUCCAAAUUAGCAGCUGGAAUGAACAAACCAAAUUGUCAAACAAUUUUGGCUUAUUCUGGAGUGCCUAAAAUUUAUGAAAAUACACGAAUUGAUAAAGUUCGUAAUCUGGGUGGAAAAUUAGGUGAUGAAUUGAAAAAUAAACUCGGUAUAACAACAAUGGGUCAAUUGGCUGCGAUUCCUAGCGCUCAUUUAACGUCUCUAUACGCUGGUAAAACAUUGAAUUGGUUAAUGAAUUUAAGAGAAGGUAUUGACGAAGAGGCUGUUGUAGCUCGUCAAAUUCCUAAAUCAAUUGGAUGUGGUAAAAAUUUUCCUGGUAAAAGUUCAUUAUCUACAAAUGAGCAGGUUACGCAUUGGUUUGGACAACUAUGCGGAGAGCUUGUUGAAAGAAUAACCGAAGACCGAGAACGGAAUAAGCGCACUUCUAAAUUAUUAACUGUUCACAUCAAAUUUAAUACGAAAGGUGAUAUAUCCAAAUCUCUACCUAUGCAUGGAAUGACUAGUGAAAGAAUGGUUGAAUAUAUAACCAAACAUGUUCUCUCCAAAUAUAUGAAAGAAGAUGGUUCAAUGAUUGACCCGAUUGUUAGAGCUAGUGUAACAGCAUCAAAGUUUGUAGAUUCAGAUUUAACUUGGAGAAAUGCUAAACUGGAACAAUAUUUUCAAAGAGUGGACAAACCCCAACCUGGAAAUACUGAGGAAAUUAAGCCGACCCCCAGCACUUCUGGAGCUGAAAAUGAUUCUUCCACAUCAACCACGCGAGCAGAACCAGAUUUUAAUAAUUAUCGAGACCUUCCUUUUGCUAGUAAUUUAUUCCCGUCAGAAUCAAAUGGAACUACUAUCUCAACCGACUCAAUUGAACCUAAUCAAGAUCCUCGAUCAUCUCCAAGGAAUUAUGCAUCCACUAGAACUAAUCAAGUUAAUGAAAGUGAUAAUUCUAAUGAUUCAAAUCUAGCAGCUUUAUUUGCCCGAUUUAGUGAUCAAAAUGAUUUUAAUAGACCGACUGUCAAAAGAGGCUUCUUUUAUCGUAAAACUUUAGAGUUGCAGAAAAAACGUAGAUUAGAAAAAGGAAUUAUAAGAAGAAAAUCUUAGACAGUUAGAAAUUUAUUAACUGUGAUCAAUUUUAUAUGUUAUAUAUUUUUUUGUAAUAUAUAAAUAUCAAUGUUUUAAUAUUUAGUUUUUAUUCAAGUUUGUGAAUUUCAUCUAACUGCGUGAAUUCGCCCUUUCAAAACGGAGCCUUAAACCGGUGAUUGGACACUUUAAGUAAUCCGAGUUGCAGUGUUACAAUUUAAAUGAGGAUCAUCAAAAAAUCAAGCGGAAGCACAUGUUAUGAUUAAGAUCCAAUAUAAUACGAUAUAAUGAAGUGAAGAGGACUUUUCAAAUCAAUGAUCACAUGACUGAUGAUGGAAUGGUUAAUUAUAUUUUUAAAAAAGACCUUUCCAAACAUGUCACAUCAAAUGGUGCUAUAAUUGAACUAUUGGAGUCCAAGUGCGUCAAAGUUUGUCAACAGCAACAGUAAUCGGAUAAAAUUUAAAGUGGAUGAAUAUUUGCCGUUAUUAUUUUACCACGUUGAUGAAACACGUCCACCAAAAACAGACAAACAUCAACUCAAAUUAAUCAUGAGACAAAAUUUCAAAAUCUGACCAAGUAUUACCUGCUAUUACAAUGGAAACAAUUUCAGGCGAUGAUCUUGCUCUCAUAUUUUAUCAUUCAAAAGAUUUAGGUUAUCGGUUUUUCAAGUGAACAUAAUCUUCAAUCCUCUCCAUAUAACUGAAAUUUUAAAAAUACUUGCUAAAAUUAACAAUGGAUUGAUUAAAGUAACGCUAUUUUCCGAAAUAACAAAUUAGAAAAUUGAAAUGAAAUGAACAUUCCAUUCGAGUACAAAAAAGAUUUACAUUUGAUUGUGAAGUCUCAGAAUUACAAGUUAUUAAAAUGUGACUAAAGAAACAUCACAAAUUUAAACAAUUGAAUUUUAUCAAAUGACACUUAUUUUAUCUAUUUGUUAUUGUUCAAUUUUAAUUUUGAUGAAAAAUAAAUUUCAUGUUAACUUU